AAGUCAUGUUUGCUACAAUUCAAGUCAUUAUUUAUCUAUGGUCAUUAUCCUACUAAUUUCCUACUUACUAUCUACUAUAAUCAUAAUCACUCGCGUGACUCAUCAUAGAUUACAGAGAUAUUUGAAUUACAUUGAUUGAGGUGAUGCACACAAUAAUAUAUUUACUAUUUGCGCUUGUUGUGGUUAAUAAGUUGAAUUGCAUUUGUAAUAGUAACUAAUUGUAAUUUGUAUUUAUUGUUUUUUGUAUAAUGGAAUUCCCUGAUCUCGGAGAACAUUGCACUCAAUCUGGAUGUAAUAAACUGGAUUUCUUGCCUAUUAAGUGUGAAGCAUGUACACUUGUUUAUUGUAGUGAGCAUCAUUUCCGUCACAAUUGUACACAACAAAAAGAUAAUAAAGUUCCAGUGUGCCCCCUAUGUGAUCAGCCAGUACCAAUCACUCGUGGUGUUAAACCGGAUCUGAUUGUAAAUUUACAUAUAGAGAAUCAAUGUCCUUCUGAAUUAAAGAAAAAGGAAGUUUUUAUCAAUAGAUGCAUUGUUAAAGGAUGUAAGAAUAAAGAAAUUGUUCCAAUAGUUUGCAAGGAUUGCAACAAUAAUUUCUGUUUAAAACACAGACACCCAACAGAUCAUAAAUGUAAGGGAAAACAUCAGAAUUUUUGUAAGAGGGCUUUGCAGGCCAGUUUAGUAUCUAACAGUGUUCCUAACACUACUAGCCUACAAGAUGGAACAGAGUUUGAUGAAGCUUUAGCACGUCAAUUGUCACAGUCCAUGGAAGGGCCAAGUGAAAAACUUACGCAGGAAGAAAUAGACUUUGAAUUAGCAAAACAGUUGCAAAUGACAUCUGAGCAAAGUUUAGGUAGUCGAAGCACAAGAGAUCGAUGCAAUGUUUCAUAGUAAUUUUAUUAGGAUUAAAUGAUUGAAUUUAGAGAGAUAAUUUUUUGUAAUAUCCAUUAAUAAAAAGUUAACAAGGGCAAUAUCCGAAAU